AACCCAACCCAGAAUUCUCUCACACCUAUAUAUACUGAACUGGGCAGAAAAGAAGGAAAUUCAAAUUCCCUUCGUGGGAAACCCAGAAUAAUUCCACUGCAAGAAAAAGAAACUGAAAUCAAAGAAUCUGUAUGAAUUAAUGGCGGUUUUAUGGUGAUUGGUAUUUGGUCUGGUGAGUUAAAGUUUCGAUUUUUACUCAUAUUAUUCUUCAUGGGUAUAAGACCCUGUUUGUAAUUUGUUGUCCUCUGGUUUUGUUUUCAAAAAUAUUUGAUGAAUGAUCAAAUAUGAUCCGUUCAAUGUUAGAACAUACUCAAGUAAAAAACACAUACCAGAGAAAAGGAAUCAUCGCAUACCCUCCUUCACAUGGGGUAAACGGUAAUUUCCAUAAAAACCCACCCCCACCCCCACCCCCACCCCCAUCAGGAAACAAGCUUAGCCCUGCAGUUCUUUUCAUAAUAAUCAUAGUCUCCGUCCUGUUCUUCGUCUCUGCUCUGCUCCACUUGCUCGUCAGAUUCCUAGUCAAGAAACCUUCCGGCGGAGAAUCCGGCAGAGACCAUCCAGAAACGAGCAGUAACUCCGACGCGCUCCAGAGACAACUCCAGCAGCUAUUCCAUCAGCACGACACCGGGCUGGACCAGGCUUUCAUCGAUGCCCUGCCGGUCUUCGUAUACAGAGAGAUCGUAUCCGCCGCCGCAGGCGGCGGCGGGCCAAAGGAGCCAUUUGACUGCGCGGUCUGUUUGUGCGAGUUCAAAGGGAGGGACAAGCUGAGAUUGCUCCCCAUGUGUGGGCACGCCUUCCACGUGGCCUGUAUCGGCACGUGGCUGCUGUCGAACUCCACGUGUCCUCUCUGCAGAGGAACGCUCUUCCACCCUGGGUCUUCCGUGGAGAAUCCCAUGUUCGAUUAUGACGAGGAUGUUGGGUUGGAUUCUGCUGACGUGGUUUCUCGCAAGGAAAUUGCUGAAAAGGGGGAGAGUCAGAGUCUUCUUCCGGUGAGAUUGGGGAAGUUUUGUAAAGUCGAAAAUGGCAAUAAUGGAGAAGAGGGUGAGCCUGGCGGGAGCAGUUUGGAUGCAAGAAGAUGCUUUUCGAUGGGAUCAUAUCAAUAUGUUGUUGGUGAUGAUAAUCUCAGGGUGGCCUUCAAUAAGAAUUUCAAGAGAGGAAGAGACGAUCAAGAUCCGCUGCCUCCGCCGCCGCACACGGCGGCUGUUGACGGUGGAGAGGGAGAUGGGAAAAGGUUAAGUAUUGGAACAAAAACUGAUAGCUUCUCUAUUUCCAAGAUUUGGCUUUGGUCAAAGAAGGGCAAGUUUGGUUCUUCGGAUUCUCGGGUUUGAUGAAAUCUUGUUAUUUGUUUGGUUGUGGGCUCGAUGAUUUGAUGAUUUGAACAAAAGAAAAACGUCUGUUUACUACUUUACUCUUUCCAGAAAACGUAUGAAGCUUCAAAUGCAGUAAAUAGAAAAAUAUUGACCUUCCAAUUUGGAAAAACCACUUUUCCUAUUACUCCAUAUGUUAGAGUGAUCACAAAAUUGUCUGAUCUAAGUUAUGAUUAUUUUUUGGUGCUCACUCAUAGUUCUUUCAACCAAAAUUUAAACACCC